AUGCCACUGGACAAGUUCUCAGCGUACUGGUUCCAGAACUUUGCCGCAAUCAUGCUGCUCGGCAGCAUUGAGAGCGCCGACCAGGUUGUCGAGGGCAAAGACUGGUCCAAGGAGUGCCUUGGCAGCUUUUACAUCAAGCCGAACUAUCCGGGACGAAGCAGCCACGUCUGUAAUGCCGGGUUCUUGGUCACUGAUGCUUCCCGCAACCGCGGUGUAGGCAGACUCAUGGGGGAGACAUACCUGAUCUGGGCGCCGCGGCUGGGCUACAGCUACUCCGUCUUCAACCUGGUGUAUGAGACAAACGUGGCAUCGUGCCGCAUCUGGGAUGCGCUGGGCUUCAAGCGUAUUGGCCGGGUCAAAGGUUGCGGCAACCUAAAGUCGUAUCCGGACCGCCUGGUCGAUGCCAUCAUCUACGGGCGGGAGCUCUCUACGUCCGCCGACGGCGAGACCGCAUCGGAUCCACUGCUCGUGAGUGAAGAACGCUUCGACAAGAUCAAAUUUUACCUCAAGCAUGGCCGCUAUCCAAACGGGUCUGACCGUGCCGAGAAAAGCAGACUGCGUAGUGCCGCUACUCAUUACAAACUCCUCGACAAUGACGUCCUCAUGCUCAAAGACAAGGAAGUCAUCAGCGACCCAAUUCGGCAAAUGCAAAUAGCCCGCGACACGCACGAGGUGAUAGGACACGCGGGCAUAAACAAGACGACGGCCGUCAUUGCAGAGAAAUAUCACUGGAGCCGCAUCAAAGAGACCGUGUCGGAUGUAAUUAGGACCUGUACACAAUGCAAGGACUCGGCAAAGACGGCCACGCCUUUGGCUCCCGCUUCACUCGUCUCCAGAGAUGCUCCUGCCAUUGAAAGUGGCACUGCCGGUGAUCUCCAGAGACUUGGUCUUGGGAUACCACCGUCAACGCAAUUGAUACUCGAUGCUCUGACAAACGACGAACCGGGCGAAGACCUGCUUGGGGCUCCCUAUCCAGACUCUGGCAUUACCUCGAUGAAUGCGGGCGAAGAAAACAGAAUGCUCAGCCUGGACAGCCACUAUGACUCACUGCAACACCGUGACACACAAUACCACAGCCAUCAUCACCACGACAUAGCUCACCUCCUUGACGAUUCGCCACAGCAGUAUGCCAAUCCUAGUGAUAUAAGCUCGUUGCUCAACCCGCCACUUGCCCCAAUACCAGAAGGCAUACUGGGGCACUCCACAAACUCGCGCCACCUCCGUCCGCAUCACUCCAGUACUGGGGAAUACGAGCACAGUCGAGAUCAUCUGCAGCAUCACAGCGGCUCUUCGAAUAACGGCACCCAGGCCAGCGAGCUGCACAGUCUUUAUCAUCCUAUAGAUCCACGUAUCAUCGCGCAGCCCACUCCCUCGUCUAUCUUGAGCAGCCUCUCCCGGUCGUCAUCAUCCUUCCCGCACCCUGGGGAAAACGACCUGAGGCCCGGAGCUGCAAUGUCAUCAUCAGGACCUCUGAGUUCCCAUGCCGACGUGCACGAUACGCAUGCUGCAACGGCUGGCCGAAGAGAGCGUGCAGCUGCAAGCCCCAAGCAGAGAUCUUAUGAGUCCUCCUUCUUGACGCAUGAACUAUUGCAUGAUACGCGGCACGACAAUGCCGAGAUAGACCCGGAUGACUCGUUUCAGUCACUUCUCCACGACCCAGACAGCGUCAUGCUGGAUGCAGGGCCCACUCAUCAUAUCAGUAACGACCAGGCUGCCGUGGAUCGUGAUCUCGAGAUGCUCCUGCAUCAUGACGAGGACACCGCGGCGGGGGGCGACCCGCUAGACCGCCAUGCCGGGGACAGUCUCGACGCCAUAUAUUCCCAGCCAAAGGGCACCACACUGCCGCGAGAUGGUGGCAGACAUGAUGAUGAGGGGACGAAUCAAAAGGAGCAAUUUGAAAGAGCCAGCGCGAAGCGUGCGCGCAGUAGCAUUUACGACGUUGUCUUUGAUGGAGACGAAUGA